AUGGACGCAAGCUCGCUCCCAGACUUCAAGAUCCUCUCCCACCCAAUGAAAUGGGAUGGUAUUGAGUUUGAUCAACAAUCCUCUCUGUCGACAGACGAGGAUCUCACGCUCAACGCGACCUCGUCGUGGACAUACUGCGGGCCCCUCCUCCCCCUAAACGCAGAGAGCCUACCCUCCUCAUUCCACACUUGGGCCCAAGCCACCGUCAACGGCUCAAUCGUGAGCCCAUUAUUCUCCUUCCUAGACUUCGUCCAUGAAUUCCUCACAGCCAACAACGUAUCAACAUACUGGCUCACGAUACGCGCAAGCCAAGGCUCCGACGAAUUCGACACGCCACGCUGGCACACGGAUGAUCUAUUCUUCUCCCCAGGACCUCCCAACGGCCCCCAAUCCCAUUCCCAAGCCAAGCACCGGCGCCGCCGCUCUCUACUCCCAUCCUUCUCAAAUGCUACCAAAUUCCACAGGCGGACAUCAUCAUCUCUCUCGCAAUUCGGGAGGCACAGCAAUGACAACCGAUCAUCUAUGACGUUUGGCUCCGCAACGACACAACAGCCCGCUCCUCCCUCUGUCCAAAUCACCAGUUCCUCACCAAACCCUACAAACUGGAAACUCACCACCACCCUCCUCGGCCCCGGAACGCUCUUCAUCGCGCCCCAUCUCAACGCACAAGCUCGCACCCUCCAACGAAGCACCAAAAUGACCUUCCGAUCCGCACACCCCGAUCACAUCUGCGUCUCCAUCCGAUGCGUAGGCUGUGCUUCAGCCGCGGAGUCGGUACGCGCUACACUCGCGGCGCAACUAGGCGGGUAUCGCAAAGCUGGUGGUACAUGCGGCGGUGGGCUUGAGGAUGAGAGGGAGGGUGUGGUUCAGGCGCGUCGGGGCGAAUGUGUAUUCUUCCGUGUGGGUGAGGAUGAAGGGGCGGUGCAUUCGGAGCCAAUGUCUCAUGGGGAUCGGAUUUUUGUGAAUGUUGUGCCGGGGUGCGAGGAGGAUUUGAGGUGUUUGAUGGCCAAGUGGGGGAUGGAGUAUCCGCGGGCUUGGUGUGUGGGUUUACCGUUUCAGGGGGUCGAGGGGGGUUGUUGGAGGAAUGUUGGUGAGAUUUGA